CGAAACAAAACUAAUUCCUCUCUGCAAUAAAAAUCUUUCCUUUCUCCACUCUAAUGGCCGCAACGGUCAUUUUCUUCCUUCACUUCGCCGCCGUCUUCUUCUCCAGAUUCCACCACACCUCCGCCGUCUCAUCAGAGAUUCCAGCACUCACAUCUUUCAAACUCUCUCUCCACGACCCUUUAGGCGCUCUCGAAUCAUGGAAUCAAUCAUCUCCAUCAGCUCCAUGCGACUGGCACGGCGUUUCUUGCUUCUCCGGCCGUGUUCGAGAGCUUCGUCUUCCUCGUCUCCGCCUCACCGGUCACCUCAGUCCUCGACUCGGUGAGUUGACUCAGCUCCGUAAACUCAGUCUUCACACCAACGACAUAAACGGCGCCGUUCCUUCUUCUCUCUCUCGUUGUGUCUUCCUUAGAGCUCUUUAUCUUCACUACAACUCCUUUUCUGGCGAUUUUCCACCGGAGAUACUGAAUCUAAGGAAUCUCCAAGUGCUCAACGUUGCUCAUAACUCACUCACCGGGAAUAUCUCCGACGUUAAAGUCUCAAAGAGUCUCCGUUACGUCGAUUUAUCUUCUAAUGCAUUAUCCGGUGAGAUUCCGGCGAAUUUCUCGGCGGAUUCAUCUCUCCAGCUCAUCAACCUCUCGUUCAAACCGUUUUUCCGCGUAACCGGAAAUUCACUCACCGGUCUAAUUCCGGCGACUUUCGGGAAGAUUCGAAGCCUCCAAGUGAUUUCAUUAUCGGAAAAUUCACUUACCGGUACAGUUCCGGCGAGUCUUGUAUGUGGCUCUUCAGGUUACAAUUCCUCCAUGCGAAUCAUUCAAUUGGGAGUUAAUAACUUCACGGGAAUAGCUAAGCCGUCGUCAAACGCAGCUUGCGUGAACCCUAAUUUGGAGAUUCUCGACAUUCACGAGAAUCGCAUUAAUGGCGAUUUUCCCGCGUGGUUGACUGAUUUGACCUCUUUAGUGGUUUUGGAUAUAUCUGGAAACGGUUUCUCCGGCGGUUUUCCGGAUAAAGUUGGGAACUUUGCGGCGCUUCAGGAGCUGAGAGUGGCAAACAAUUCACUCGUUGGUGAAAUUCCGACGAGUAUCGGAGAUUGUAGAUCGUUACGAGUCGUUGAUUUCGAAGGAAACAAGUUCUCGGGUCAGAUUCCGGGUUUUCUAAGUCAGUUACGGAGCCUGACAAUGAUAUCUCUUGGAAGAAACGGGUUCUCGGGUCGGAUUCCGUCGGAUCUUCUCAGCUUACACGGACUUGAAACAUUGAAUCUCAAUGAAAAUCAUCUCACCGGAACUAUACCGUCGGAGAUAACGAAGCUAGCUAAUCUCAGCAUCCUUAAUCUCAGUUUCAACAGAUUCUCCGGCGAAAUUCCUUCCAAUGUGGGUGAUCUAAAGAGCUUGAGUGUUCUAAACAUAAGUGGAUGCGGGUUAACGGGUCAGAUUCCGGUUAGCGUUGGUGGAUUAAUGAAGCUUCAGGUUUUGGAUUUAAGUAAACAGAGAAUCUCCGGUGAAUUACCUGUCGAACUCUUUGGCUUGCCCGAUCUUCAAGUGGUUGCUCUUGGAAACAAUGCACUUGACGGCGUUGUACCGGAAGGUUUCAGCAGCUUGGUUAGUCUUCGGUUCUUAAAUCUCAGUUCAAACUUAUUCUUCGGACAUAUCCCAAAGAACUAUGGAUUUCUCAAGUCAUUGCAAGUGCUUUCGUUGUCUCAUAAUCGAAUCUCCGGUUCAAUCCCGCCGGAGAUUGGGAAUUGCUCUAGUCUUGAGGUUCUUGAGCUCAGUUCAAACCGGUUAACGGGUCACAUUCCGGUUUACGUUUCCAAGUUGUCUCGUUUGAGGAAACUUGAUUUGGGUCACAACAGUUUAACAGGGAGUAUUCCGGAUCAGAUUUCUAAGGAUUCGUCUCUAGAAUCUCUCCUGCUUAAUUCCAAUUCUCUAUCGGAUCGAAUACCGGAUUCUUUAUCAAGAUUGGUGAAUCUAACAUUGUUGGAUCUUUCGUCGAACAGUUUGAAUUCCACUAUACCAUCAAGUCUCUCUCGGCUUCAUUCCUUGAACUACCUCAAUUUAUCAAGAAACAGUUUGGAAGGAGAGAUUCCAGAAGUUCUAGCUGCGCGUUUCACUAACCCGUCUGUCUUUGUCAAGAACCCGGGACUCUGCGGUAAACCUCUUGGUAUAGAAUGUCCAAACGUUCGGCGGAGAAGAAGAAGAAAAUUAAUUAUACUAGUGACACUAGCAGUCGUUGGAGCUUUGUUGCUGUUACUCUGUUGUUGUGGUUAUGUGUUCAGUUUAUGGAGAUGGCGGCACAAACUAAGAUUGGGUUUGAGUCGGGACAAGAAAGGGACCCCGUCACGAACAUCCCGAGCGAGUUCUGGUGGGACAAGAGGAGAAGACAACAAUGGUGGGCCUAAACUUGUGAUGUUCAACAACAAGAUCACAUUAGCCGAAACCUUAGAAGCUACAAGACAAUUCGACGAAGAGAACGUAUUGAGUCGAGGAAGGUACGGGUUGGUCUUCAAGGCGACGUUUAGAGAUGGGAUGGUUCUAUCGGUUCGUAGACUCAUGGAUGGUGCUUCGAUAACGGAUGCAACGUUCCGUAACCAAGCCGAGGCUUUAGGUAGAGUGAAGCACAAGAACAUCACGGUCUUGAGAGGUUAUUACUGCGGACCGCCCGAUUUAAGACUUUUAGUUUACGACUACAUGCCCAACGGAAACCUCUCAACGCUUUUGCAAGAAGCAUCUCACCAAGACGGACACGUCUUGAACUGGCCGAUGCGUCAUCUCAUCGCCCUCGGAAUCGCUAGGGGACUCUCCUUUUUGCAUUCUUUAACAAUCAUUCACGGGGAUCUUAAACCGCAAAACGUUCUCUUCGACGCUGACUUUGAAGCGCAUUUGUCAGAAUUCGGGUUAGAUAGAUUGACGGCGUUGACUCCAGCUGAAGAACCGUCUACCUCAUCCACUCCCGUCGGGUCUUUAGGCUACAUUGCACCCGAAGCAGCAUUAACGGGUGAACCAAGUAAAGAGAGCGACGUGUACAGCUUCGGGAUCGUGUUAUUAGAGAUCUUAACAGGGAAAAAGGCAGUGAUGUUUACAGAGGAUGAAGAUAUAGUGAAAUGGGUGAAGAGACAGUUACAAAAAGGUCAAAUCGUUGAGUUGCUUGAACCGGGUUUGUUGGAGCUUGAUCCGGAAAGUUCAGAGUGGGAAGAGUUCUUGUUAGGGAUUAAAGUUGGGUUGUUGUGUACCGGAGGAGACGUCGUUGAUCGGCCGUCUAUGGCUGACGUUGUUUUCAUGCUCGAAGGUUGUAGAGUCGGUCCGGCGAUUUCCUUGUCCGCCGAUCCUACUUCACCUACUUCCCCAGCCGCCACGGCCGCUUCUUGAAAUUGUUUUAUCUUUUCACAAUCAUUUUAUUUCUUUUUCCUUUUUUUUCCUUUGUGGAUAAUUUAUUUUGACUUCAUUGCGUUGUAUCUUGUCACGGGUACGACAAUCAAAUUUUAAGUUGUCA